AGGAUUUCUUGAUAAGAUUUGCACACUAGUCACUAAUCCUAACAUUGCAAUGUUGACUGAACUAGUUCUCAACAGUGAUAGUGAGUGGACAGUAGGUGAUACAUUUGAUACCAGUGGCAUGACUGGCGAGUACUACAAGAUGAGGUAUCAGCAGCAACUACAGUUAGGAAGAAGAAUAUGGUUGGAGGAGUACCAGAAACUAAAAAAAGGAAAUACAACUGAUACUGAGCAAACCAUACAAGCUCUUAUAAUGUGUCUUGAAGAGAAGGAGAGAAAAGUAAAAGAAAAAGAAAAAGAAGUACAAGAAAAGGAGAAUGAAAAGGAGAGAGAUGUAAAACUAUUUCAUUGGCAAAUGGAGCAGAAGGAAGCAGAAAAAGAUCAAGAAAUAAAAAGGUAUCUUCAUCAGCUACAAGAGAAGGAUAGAGAGGAGGCAGAGAAAGAGCAGAGAAAUCAUAACCAGUUACAGGAGAAGGAUAGGGAGCUACAGGAGAAGGAUAGGGAGCUACAGGAGAAGGAUAGGGAGCUACAGGAGAAGGAUGGGAAGCUACAGGAGAAGCAUAGGGAGCUACAGGAGAAGGAUAUGGAGCUACUGGAGAAGCAUAGGGAGCUACAGGAGAAGGAUAGGGAGCUACAGGAGAAGCAUAGGGAGCUACAGGAGAAGGAUAUGGAGCUACAGGAGAAGCAUAGGGAGCAUCAGGAGAAGGAUAGGGAGCUACAGGAGAA